GAGUCAGGCACAGGGAGAGAGACCAGGGUAGGCUGAAUAAGCUGUUUGUUUGUCCCUCUGUUGUCCACCCUGGGCUUGCCUUGUGCCUGGCGUCCAGGGUGAUUUCCCUUCACAACGACCACUGCCGCUCUUGCAUUAGUAUUUUCACUGCUGUGAGCGUAGCAUUCAAGGGUGUACUGUGUUUAGUUGCUUGCUCCUCAACGGGCCUCAUUAUGCAGGGAAUGGGAAAGACCGAGCGAGGAGAGCAGGGCCGAGACAUCGACCUGACAUCGCUGAGAUCCACCAUGCCAGCCAGCGGGCCCCUUCAGGGUGGUUCAGCCUCCAACCUGAACAUGAACCUGUAUGCUACUAAGAAAACAGCAGCUGAAGGCAUGCUGGACAUCGCCUUGUUCCUGGCUAACAUUACACACAUGAAGACAGUCAUUGAACAGGGUGCAGGCUACAGGUAUUACGCCGCUGUUCUGACGCUCAUUUCCUUUUCCCUGGCUCUUCAGAUAGUGGCUGGAAUCCUGAUCAUCAUAAUCGCCCGGCGAGACCUCAAUGAAGAAGCCAACCAGAAGCGCCUGGACAGCCUGAACAACACCCUAACCAUCACCAUCUUCCUCGUCUUUGUCACCAACAUCUUCAUCACUGUCUUCGGGAUGGAACGCACUGGACUCUUUGCCAGGAUGCAUUUCUGACUGUGUAACGUAGGCAAUGGUUCUACUCGACUGGAGCUGACCCGCCUCCCUUCUUGUCAGCGGUGCUUGAACUUCUUGAACAAUCUAAUUACCAGCAUCAUCUGCCUCACUUUCAUUAUCAACAUUAUUAAAUCGGCCUUUGGGACACAGCGCAGCUGCUUGCUGCGAUGGCUAUUUCAGCGCUUUAUUCUAUGAGACAGAUUAAGCAGACAAAUGUAUGUACAUUGAUAAACGUAAACAUUUGAUUAAUGUUGCUGAUGAAAUGUUGAACUUUGCACACACCAAAUUUGGCCACAAAGUAGUCCCCUUUAACAUUCAUUCAUCCACAGCCACUGAACAAACAGCUAUUACUGUAGCAUAAUAGCUGUUUGUUCAGUAGCUGUGGAUGAAUGAAUGUUUUUAAAAGGUAUACACACUUUACAGUCAAAGAUUGCUUCAACAUUCAGUCUUAGAGCUAAGUGGGAGCAAGCUCUCAGUCAUGCCAGUAAAGUUAAGUUGAUUUUUAAAUAUACUCAUUAGCUUUCUCGCUAGCAGUGAGCAGCUUCUCUUCGAAGGAGCAGGGCUAACUUUUCCCUCCUGCGCAAUCUUUGAGCUCUAUCCUUUGCUGUUUACCAUUAUAAAACACACAGAUUUAUGGUAUAUAUAUUAAAAUAAGCUGCUUGCACAGACUAUAUAUAAAAGGUGGGUGUAAAAAACCUAAGUGACUUAUUUGUUAGACAAAAAUAAGUUGAGAAAGUGGAGCACUAAGAUGCUAGCCAAUGCGAGCAAGUUUGGCUAGCUAGCUGGUUCUGUAAGCCCAGUCUUUUUUUUACGUUUUUCCUGUGAUCGAUAAUUUCCUGAUAGUCACGGACUGCUCUCUAAGACUAUGUGACUGAGAGCUUAUUCGUUCGACCCUACCUUGUCACACUUUCAAAAUGGAGACAAAUGACAUCACAUGGUUUGCUGUUAAGUUCAAUGCAAAACCUCAGUAGAGCCCAAACGUUAUUUUGUUACCAGGACGUACAUUGGGCAUUUUAACAAGGAAGUCUUACAGGACUGGUGUACUUUUUGAGCUAGCGUCACAGUCCAGUGUCUCCAAUGGGCACAAUACAGAGCUUGCUCAUCAAUCCAAACUUUGGUUUAAUCCUGUUCAGUUUUUAUGUUUUACAGUGAAAUCUGAACCAGUCAAACUCACAUAGACUACAAAGAGGAUGGAGGGCAGCAUGAGUGAUGAGCCAACAAUAUUGCCGUUGUUUGGAUUACUGAACGUUUGUACGUAUGGGUUAACUGUGAGAGUGGUGGUUGUGUUUGAAAUGUUUGAAAUUGUGUGUUUGUGUGUCUGUCUGUGUGCAUGUGUGUGCAUG